CCUCGGGAUGCGCAAGGCGAUCAUGGACGGCCCACUUGCGAUCGGCGUCACGGGGCGACAUCGCGUUGUGUACUUCAACAAGGUCUCGGUCGCCUUUAGCUUUUGCUUCCUUCUUAACCUGGCCGCCAUGCCUCUGAAAGCGUACCUCUCGGAAGCGCUUCCCUGGUCGCCGCGCCCAACGCCCACUGUCGGUGUGCAAGUUGGGCCAAACCAAACCUUUGAGAUGUAUGAAGCCCACGCCCUCGAAUUCUACCGCAACCACUACAACAACAGCACCCUGGACCUCAAGACACUGUACGCCUUCGACCCAGCGCAAGCUCUCGACAUUAUCUGGGUGCCGAUUGCCUUCGUCGACGCAGGCGACUUUUCGUUUGCGGGUCUCCCAGGCUCAACCUUCUACUCGCGCCGCGCCCGCCGCACGGUCAAAGGGUUCAUGACCAGGACCUCCAACUUGUCGAGCGUUGCGGUCAUUGAAGUCGGUACGCUUCUCGGGCAACCGUCGUCUGUCUCGGGCGUCUGGGUCGAGGUGCUGCCGACGACCAACGCAACUUUUCUGUAUUUUGCCGCCCAGCUCAGCCCCGGCUCGACCCAAUGGCUCUACAUCAAAUUUGCAUACCGCAUUGGGCUCACCUGUGUCAUUCUGGAGCGCAUGUGGUCAACCUACUUUCGCCACUAUCGCACGCUAUUGUGGAACCUGCGCGCGCUCGGCGUCCCGAAUGUGACGGACACUACGUUUAUCGAAAUUGUCAUUGGCGACCCGACCGCACUCAUUCUUCAAAACACGCUGGUGUGUGGUCUGUUUGUGAUUGAUUUCUGGUGCAGUAUGGAGAUUGUCGGUCAAAGCUUUGUGCGUCUCUCGCAGCUCCAGAAUCUGGUGACGUUUUCGCUCGCCGCACUCUACCUCUCGCGCACAGUGUGGUUUGCCUACCUGCUCUUGAACCUCACAGGUCGUACCGUGCGCCGCUACCAUCUCGAACGUUUGAUUGCUCAGGUUGACCCCACUACGGUCGCGAUCGCAGUGCUCGUUAGCGUCGGCCCCGUCACGUUUCUGCAGUCCCGAAGUGGGUUUUUUGUGGACGUCUACCAUUUUCUCUUUACAUUCAUUGUUCCAAAUGAUCAUAUCGACGACUACAAGGAAGACUGUCUCGCAGCCAUGCUCUACUCGAUUCUGAUUGGACUCUUGCCCAUCAACUACGGAUUUGGUAAACCAAUCGCGCGGGCGCUGCACGAGCGCGCCCGUGGCAUGCUGCGGCGCCAAGCACGCUCGAUCCGCGUGCGGCCCUUGCGGUCCCAUGCAACGCGACGCGUCACGCGUCAUGCCGACGACUUUGGCAAGUUUGUCUACAACGACUGGAAGCACCGGUGCUUGUACUCAAUUCUGACGGCGCUCAACCCGCAACACGUCUCGGCGCUCUUUAUCGGCGGCUCGAUUUACAAGCUCUUCGAUACGCACCGCGGCUUUCAGCGCAACGCAGCGUUUAGCUUUCGUGGAAGUGACUGCUAUGUGAUUGCGCACUCACCAACGUCCGUGCUGUCCUACCGUCUCAGUCUAAUCGACUGCCUCCACCUCCACCACCCGCAUCUGAAACUCCACAACACGUACAAACGCGCGUUUGGCCAUAUCGAAUUUGCGCCUGAGACCGAGUCGCUUGUGGUGACGCUGGGCCGCGACAAGGCGCGCUGGGUGCAGUGA